AUGCUGCCAAUAUCAAAAAAUGCCCUCAAUUUAUUAUCUUUGAAAAAUAUAGGAUGCUUUGCUCAUACCUUAAACUUAAUAGUACAGUCAGCACUUGAACUUGAAAAUAACCUAAUAGACAGAGUUAAAACAAUAGUAUCACAUUUCAAGAAAAGCACUGUAACUAAUAAUAUAUUUAAGACUUACCAAAUAAACAAUGGUAUAAAAGAGCGAAAGAAGCUUAUCCAAGAUGUGCAAACUCGGUGGAACUCCACCUACUAUAUGAUCAAUAGAUUUGUUGAGAUGGAAAAAUCUAUAAGAGGUACAUUAGGUUUAUUGGAUAAUGCUCCAGAUACUUUGAGUUCUGAAGAUUGGUUAAUCUUACAAGAUUUAAUUAAAAUAUUAAAACCUUUUGAUGAGGCUACCAAAGCAAUAAGCAGACAAAAAUACACGAUAGCGUCACUUGUAAUCGUUAUAGUCCAGGGGUUGUACAAAGUGUGCAAUAAUUUAUUGAAGAUGAAUUUGUCCCAAAGAGCAUUGCUUAUUGCUAAUAAGUUAUUAAGUAAUAUGAAUGAAAGGGAGGGUUUUAAAAACUGUGAAAAAAGUAUGACUCUUUCUAAAUGUACAUUCUUAGAUCCCAUAUUUAAGCACCUACCUUUUACAAAUAUAAGCCCAGUAAAAAAUGAAGUAGUUGAAAAUGUAGCUAAUAUUAUUCGAGAUAAAGAACAACCUAGUGAAUCAGAUAUAAACAUACAGCGGACUCCAAUACUAGAACCAGGAGAAUUAUCAAUUUGGAGUGAAAUUGAUAGUAAUGUGGCAAGAUUUACACCAUUGGGGUCUGCAAAGUCAAGAGCAAUAGUUGAAGUUCAAUGCUACUUGGACGAUGCAGUCAUAACCAGAAACCAAGAUCCACUUAAAUGGUGGAAAGGCCAAAGCUAUAAUUACCCUAACCUCAGUUUAUUGGCCAAGAAUAGUUUAUGUCAUUUAGGUACAUCAUUCCUUGUGAAAGGAUUUUUUCAAGUGCAGGUUUAG